CCUGCCUCUCUAUGCUUUCAUUCGCAGUUCGCACACCCUUCAUCUCUACUAGCCAAAACACAAAACGGACAGAGGAAAAUACACGGCAAAAUAUUUAGUCUCAUCACUGGAGUGUAGCUGUUGUCAAGGACCUUCAACAAAAUGGAGAUAUAUAACGGUCCUUCAAUAUGGCAUAAUCCUUUCAUUAGUGUGCAUUUCUUUCCGAAAAAUGAAUUGAUCGGCGUUGACGGCAGAAAGAAAUAACGCUAUUCUGCAAGUAACUCCCUCGUUUCAUAUGGAUGUUAUGAUAAAAUAACUGUAUUUCACACAGAUGACACAUUUAUGGCUGAGACGGACUGUUCUUCUGAAAUAGACAGUCAGCUGAAGUGAAUACAAUAAAGAUGAAUCUCUUAUAGAGAAGCUCCCUGGAUUGCAAAGGAUCAAGGUGAUAUUCGUAAAUUGCAGUCCAGGAGGGUUCAGCGGCGCGGAGAGGUGACGUUGACCGGAUGCGUGUAGCGGAGCGUGCCGUGUGGCUUUGACCAUGAGCCGGCUGAUGUUGGGCCGGACCCUGGAGCGGAUCUGCAAGGCUGUGCUGUUGCUCUGCCUGGUGCACUUCCUCAUCAUGAUGAUCCUCUACUUCGAUGUCUACAGCCAGCGCUUUGACAUCUUCAGCCGUUUCAACAAUGGCCGUGGAGUGAACAGCUCACGUGGACCCCACCACUACUACUAUAAUCUCUCCAGUGGAAGGCCCAACACUACCUUUGCAAGCUACCUGGCCACAGCUGACCAUCUUAUGCCCAGCACCAAGCCAGAAGCCAACCAGACACCCCCGACCCCUAAGCCAUUACCACCAUGUCCGGAGGUACCGCCUGGUCUGGUGGGACGUCUCCUCAUCGAAUUCAGCUCCCAGAUAACCCUCGAGCGGGUGCAGAGAGAGAACCCUAAUGUGACCGAAGGGGGGAAAUACACUCCUCCAGACUGCCGGCCAAAGCAAAAGGUGGCCAUCAUCAUCCCGUUCAGGCACAGAGACAACCACCUGAAAUAUUGGCUUCACUACCUGCACCCAGUCCUGCGCAGACAGAAGAUCGAUUAUGGGAUCUAUAUCAUCAACCAGCUUGGCGAGGACACCUUCAAUCGGGCCAAGCUUCUGAAUGUUGGCUACACAGAGGCUCUUAAAGACGCAGAAUACGACUGCUUCAUUUUCAGUGACGUAGACCUGAUCCCUAUGGAUGACCGGAACCUGUACCACUGUUACGACCAGCCCCGUCACUUUGCCAUUGCCAUGGACAAAUUCGGCUUCAGGCUGCCCUAUGCGGGGUACUUUGGAGGGGUGUCCGGCCUUAGCAGAAAACAGUUCCUCAAAAUCAAUGGCUUCCCUAAUGAGUACUGGGGUUGGGGAGGUGAAGAUGAUGACAUUUACAACAGAAUCACACUAAAUGGGAUGAAAGUGUCCCGGCCCGAUGUGAGAAUCGGCCGCUACAGGAUGAUCAAGCAUGAGAGAGACAAGCACAAUGAGCCAAACCCCCAGAGGUUCACUAAGAUCCAGAACACCAAGAACACCAUGAGGAAAGAUGGGAUCAGCUCACUGAUGUACAGAGUGGUGUCUGUGAAGAAAUACCCGCUCUACACCAACAUUUCCGUAGAGAUCGGCAAGCCUCCUCCUAGACCUCUCAAAGGAUAGAGAGCAACUGGGUCUUGACCGAGGAUGCCGUGACCUUCUUAAAGUUCAGCGCACAAACACACACACACAAGCUCUGCCCAGGAUCACCUUCCUAAGAUAAUGCAGUGAAAUGCUGAACAGGUUCGUUCUCAGGAAUACGUGGAAGCUUGAUGUGGAUCCAUCGAUGUGCUGUUGAUUCAUAUGCUGAUCCAGAUCAAGAUGUGCGCAGUGUUUAGAGGAAAAGGAAUAUUAUCAUCAUACUCCACUGGCUGUUUUAUUCAGACCUUGAGGAUCAGUACAGGAUUUUAGGCUCUUAACGGGAAGGUUGUUGAGUUCUGGUUUUGGUAAGUGAUGUUUAUCUGCGAAGAACAGCCUGGUCACUUGAUGUAAAUCAGUCCGAACAUACACUACUCUACAUUUCAAAAGCGAAUGUGUCUUUGUACCUGCGAUGCUUGCAGCGUUCAAUCUCUUCUUUCGUUUCUCAGAUGUUGGUUGAUCAUGUGAGGUUGAUAAAUCAGUGCUUGAGUUGGCUCCUUCGGAUUGUGUCCAUAUCUCUCUCUUGCGCUUUUAUUUUGUUUCCUCUUUUGGGACUAAGCUGAACUUCUCACUUCUCAGCAUUUCUGGGGGUGAAACCCUCGUUGGGAUGUCUUCUUGGGAACUUGGGGGACAAUUUUGUGUGUGAUUAGACUGGAUCUGGACUAGUCCUACAAGCACAUGACUGUGUCAGUCAAUCUGGUACGAAUGGCUGCCUUGUAGAUGCCUGGAGAAACAGCGGUAACUUUCGCUGAGAGUUGAGGAGCUUCUGCAGAAGUUACUGAUGAUCAGACCUCUGUAUCAUUCACCACCUGCUCAAUACUGACUGUGCUACAAGCCACUCUUUCUUUGUUUACUUUGAUUUGCCUGAAAUAUUCAUAUUUAGAUGUCAUAUAUCAAGGCUUUUUUUAAAAACUUGAAGUAUGAAGUUAGCAAUGAGUGCUUUGAUCAAAUAAUGCCCAUAUCAUUCAGAGUCCAGGGUCCAAAAUCAACAUUUUUCCACACCUUUCAAUUCAAGUGAAUUUAAAACAUUCACCAUAGUAAUUAUUUCUUACAGGCUAUAACUCAAUAUUGCCAUUUUUUUAUUUAAAAAAAAUGUGUGUCUCUAACAAAGGAAUUGUUAUUAGCUGUCUUUUUUGCAUAUUUGUAAGAGCACAGUUCACCAAGAAGUUUGUUCAGCCUUAACUGUGCAAUAAUAAUGAGAAGACCUAUAAUUUGUUUCAUUUAUAUUUUUGUUUUGAUAGCUUAAUAUGAAGAUUUUUUAUAAACUACCCUUCAAAUGUUUGGGGUCAGUAAGAUAUAUCUGAAGAAAUAACACUUUUAGUCUAUGAAUGCUUCUACAUUUUUAUAGUUUAAAUUUCAGAUAAAUGCUCCUUAGAAUUUCUGUUCAUAAAAGAUGAAUUACAUGUAUGAAAAUAUAUAGCAGCACAGUGUUUUUAAUGUUGGUAAUAAUGAGAAAUGUUUCUUGAGUGCCAAAUCAGUUUAUUAGAAUGAUUUCUGAUGCAUCAUGUGACAUUGAAGAUUGGAGUAAUGGCUGCUGAAAAUCUAUCACAGGAAAUCAAUUAACAAUAUGUUAAAACAAAUAUAUAUAUAUAUAUUUCCAAUUCUAAUAAUAUUUCACAAUAUUACUGUUUUACUGUAUUUUUGAUCAAAUAAAUGCAUUAUUAGAGACUUAUUUCAAAAACAUUAAACAAUGUUACCAGCCCCACACUUUUCAACAGAGUUCAGGAGGACCGAAAACGUCAAAAACAUAAAUCUAGUUUCCAUAAUUUUCAUCAUCUGUCAUUUUCAUGUUGAUUUUCACUUGCACUUGGUGUUUGGCUAAUGUUAAAGGGAUUAAUCAUCCUCAUGUCCACAUGAAAUUUACACAUCUCCAAACCUUUAAGACCUUCGUUCUGUAAGACCAGAAAUUACAAUAUUUUUGAUGAAAUCUGAGAGCUUUCUGACCCUGCAUAGACAGCAAGGGAACUAUCAAGUUCAAGACCCAGAAGGGUAGUACAUUGUUAAAAUAGUCUAUGUGACAUCAUUGGUUCAACUAUAAUUUUAUGAAGCUACAAGAAUGCAUUUUGUGUGCAUAGAAAACAAAAAUAACAACAAUCCUUCUCUUCCCUGUCACUGUCUGUCCUCUAUUCACUUCAGAUGCAUGCCAGAGAUUGUCUCACUAUUACUAUUGGAGAAAGCAUAAUGGUCAACUUGGAUCAUGUGUGCCUUAAUAACCAAACACAUUACAGCCUUGAUGUCACUGAGUUUCAGUCAGAGUUGUGCGAUACUCUAGUGCUGUUUACGGAUACCAUAGGAAUGAAUGUGAAAUUCUGUAAACUGAAUCCAACUUGUCGCAAGAAGUCAAAGACUUCAGCCAAUAGGCUGUCGGUUCAUUAAAUGAUAAGCUAUUUCUCUAAAAAGCUGUUUAUUCAGCGUAGUGAAGCCUCUACUCCGUUGACAUCAAUAAAAAAAAAAAAAAAAAAAUAGCCUCUGAUAGCAUUAGCAUCAGCAGUUAACUGUUUUUUUUUUUUUUUGGGCUAAAAGUUGCAGGCUUGCCUUCUAGUGGCUUUGCCGCAUACAUAUGCAUUGUAAACAUGGUAGUCUUGUGAAUGGCAGCGGACAGUGAAAUAGAACAAAUAAAGUAUUUAUUUUUGUUUUCUUUGCACACCAAAUGUAUUCUUGUAGCUUCAUAAAAUUACAGUUGAAUCACUGAUGUCAUAAAGAUGUCCUUUCUACCGUUCUCGGUCUUGAACGUUUUAGUUGUGUUGCUGUUUAUGCAAGAUCAGAAAGCUUUCGGAUUUCAUCAAAAAAAAUCUUAAUUUGUGUUCCGAAGAUGGACGAAGGUCUUAUGGGUUUAAAAUGACAUAAAGGUGAGUAAUUCAUGGCAGAAUUGUCAUUGUUGGGUGAACUAUCCCUUUAAUUUUGGACCCUGUGUUCUCCUCUUCUGAAUGAUCUGGACUGCAUUGAACUGCUUUUAUUUACAAUACUUUGCAAGCCUCUUAAAGAUGUUUUACCGUUCCUUAUUCCUUCUUCACCUUUUAUUUUACAGCCUGAAAACACCAAGCUGAUGCCUUCAGAUGUUUUAUGAGGGGUAAAUGUGAGGGGAGUUCAAGCUCUUUUUUUCUCUCUUAUCGGCUUUUCUGCACCAUGUGUGGACGGUUCUUUGUGCUAUCAACAAUUCUUUCAGCCCAGCACAGAGGAAGUCAUUACUGAGAGCCCAGUCACUCUCUCUGUCCUUUUUAAAAUACACAUCUCCUAGUCUUUCCCCUCAUGCCUUUCAUUUUAGCCUCACCAACUCAUUUCAUUUCUGUGUGUGCAUUCAUGUUGUCUUAACUGCUGACCCAAGCAGUCACUAACGUUGUUUCCUUUUUUAAGUAAUUUAUCACCUCUGUCUAAUGGGUACCAUGACCUGCAGUUAUAAGUGCAUCACUGAUUUUACAUUGGUCAUCAAGCAAAAUAACGGUUAAUACUUACCUGAUGCAAUAUUGCCACAAGCCCAUUGAUUUUGCCUGUAAUAAUAGCCUUAAAAGUUGACAUCCAUAGUUACCUUUAUUUGAAAGAUGCCCACUGUGUGCAAAUAGUUGAGUAUAUUCAAAACUAUUAAUUGAUCAUAUUCAUAUAUUUUUUUUGUUUUUACUCUAGCUGUGACCUGCAUUUUAAGUGCCGAGAAACAGUGUUGUAGAAUGCAGUGAAUCCUAAACCUUCAACACAAAUGGGAUUUCAUGCCAGUAUCCUUAUUAAAAAGACAUUAUGCUUGUCCUGAAAUGUCUUGGCAAAUGAAAUAGAAAUCUGUUUUUUGUUGGAGCAAGAUGAGAUUAUUUCCUUUCUCGAGGUUAUGUAUCAAGGCGUGUAUUAAAUUGAAAGAAAUGUUGCAGAGUGCAUGUCAUUUACAUUAUCUUAAUUUUUUCAAAAUGAAAAAUGCAGUCCACAUGGUGUAUACUGUGUGAGCAAAACAAAGUUCAACAUAUUGAAGUUCUCAUGUACACUGUUGCACGUAAUCUUUUAGGCCUGAUACAGCAUAAUAAUCUCUAGUCAUUCUUCUGAAACUUAUUUCGAUAUCUCUCAAAUUUAAAGGUGUACUUAGUUAUUUUUUAUUGGUUGCACUGAUUGAUAUGGAAGAUUUACACUACCAUGACUAAUUUAAAUGAUUCAAUAGGGCAGUCAUCUUUAUAACAUUCAAAAGUGUUUUUUUAAAUAUAUAUACUUUUGACGUAGGUACUUUUAUUCAGCAAGGACGCAUUAAAUUGAUCAAAAGUAAAUGCAUUUUUAAUUUAACUUUCAAAUAAAUGCUGUAUGAACUUUCUAUCUAUCCUGUAUCCUGUAUCACUCUUUCUUCAAAUAUAUCAAGCAUAUUAGAAUGAUUAUUGAAGGAUCAAAUGACACUGAGAUUAGAGUAAUGGCUGCUGAAAAUUCAGCUUUGCCAUCACAGGAAUGAAUUAUAUUUUAACAUUUAACAUUCUUAAAAUAGAAAACAGUUAUUCUAAAUUGUAGUAAUAUUUCACAAUAUUACUGUUUUCACUGUAAUUGAAAGAUCAAAUAAAUGCAUUCUUGGUGAGUUUACCCAAAAUGUUUUAAAUAUUAAAUAUUUACAUUUAUAUAUCAUAUAUUUAAAAUGACUAAGUGCACCUUUAAGGGCCUCUAGUAAGACCAUGUAUUUGGAUGGUGUGAAAUCUGUAGAUAUGAAUCUUAUUAGUGAGGACAAUGAAAUCUCAUUUUUUUUAUUAUUAUUUCUUUUUUUUUUUUUUUUACUUUUUGUCUGGUGAUACACUCAAAUAUUAAAUCUUAAAUCCUUCUGAUCUACAUCUUAAUUUUUUACCCAGUGGCAAAUAAAUUGCUUCUAGUCUACAGUGUAGAUAUAGAGUUGCAUUAUUCUUUAGUAUUUUGGGUGGAAUUUGAUAAUGUUAUAAAUGUUCCAUUGCAGUUUUUAAAAGUUUAUACAUUUAAAUCAUGUUUUUUUCCCCAUUCCAAAGUUACUCAUAUUUCCUGUGCUAACAAUGCAAUCAAGUGAAGCUCGCACAAUGCUUAUUACCAACUUUGCAAAGCACAAAUCCAAUCAUUUAGGUAAGGAUGCUAUUCUUCACCAGAUCUCGCUUUAUAGUUUGUGAAAUCACACCAGUGUCACAUUGAAUACACUUUUGAUUUUGAUGCUGUUCUUAUAUAUCACUCUUGGGUCAGCGAACCCUCUCAUACUGAAAACUCAGAGACUUGUUUAUGUAAAGUUCACCCUCUCUUCUCCAUCACCCUUUUUGCCCUCAGUUGUUCUCUGGAAAGAACUCCAUCUGUGCUCUGUGCUUGUCAGUGUGAGAGAGGGACAGAAGUGGGCAAGUAUUCCACACCUACACAAUGACAUGCGAAAAAAACUGACUGCCUCAGGUCUUCACAUCUGGGGCACAUUUUUAAAGACUUACUGUCUCUAUUAAGGUUUUUUUUGUACAUUGAAUGUCAAAAUACUAUAUCUUAUAUAGAAUGCAUUAUGUCAUAUCAAACAUACUUUUUGUAUACAAUCAAUAAAUCCAAUGCUACAAGAAUCUGA